CAAAUUAAGGAUUCCGUGCGUAGUGGGUUUGCAGUGGCUAAGCAAGCAGCACAGCGUUAUGCUGAGAGAAUGUCCUUCAGCGAUAGGCUUCAAAUUAGUGGCUUAACUAAUACUACCCCAAUAGGCACAACUGAUGUCUCUACAAAACAAGUAAUUAUGUUUAACAGUAGUAAAAUUACUUCAUGUCAGCCUGAUAAUGUAGUAGUAGUGAACGGCCAGCCAGGUUUAAUCACUGAUAUAAAGGAGGAUGGACUACUAAAAUUUAGGACUUUCACUGACCCACGCAAUUACUUUGAAGAUCCAUUCCCAUCUACUGAUAUUGGAAUUUUUAGGUGCUCCGUAGUUAGCCAUGAACACACAUGGAUAUCACUUAAGGACAUUGAUUGUAAAUGUAUAGCCAUCAACUGUAUCAAUUAUGUAGUUAUAGUCCCAUUGUUGCAUACUGUAUUGUAAAUGCAUUUUGUUUCACUAGUGUUUAUUAAUGACGAUAAAUCAUUUAAUUACGUCUUAUGUUAUUUUCAGCCUGCUAACAAGAAAUACGUCAUUGUUGACGUCCUGAGCAAAAAACAACUAAUGGUAGCACACAAAGAUUGGAUCGUAGGAAAGGAACUGUGCGCUUUUCCGAAAGAGCAUGUCGAUUUACAUCUUCAGAAGAGCGACCAACCGAAUGAAAAUUGGUCAUUUAUGAAAUGUAAAGUGAUUCACGAAUUAGAUUCUCUCCAGUCGGCAAAAGAUCUGUUAGUUGCCCUACAGAUACUGGAGUCUAAACGGAAAAACACCUCAAUGGAUGAAAACACUUUGCCACUGAACACUGAAAAGCCAAAAAGAGGUGUAAUGAAGCGUAAAGAAGAUUUUCUUUACAAUUCAGUAGACAUGGAUGUUGCUGAGAUGCAGUCUAGGAAUGUCCCCGUACAAUAUCCAAAAUUCCGUGUUUUCGAGAAAUUAAUAUCGCCAAUCGCCAAUUCGACACAUUUGGAGACAUCACCUUCGACAUCGGAAUGUAAGCAUGUUGGCGGCGCUAUAGUGGACAAUGAAAGGUUGUAUACACUGGUGCUGAACAUGUCGUCAGCUAUCAGUGAACUGACAAAAACAAUUAACAACAUGUCGUCCGCCAUUACUGACUUGAAUGUUAAUGUGAACCAACUGCUAUCGAAUUUUCGUGAAAGCGAAAAACCACAUCAAUUCGAUUGCGGACUGUCCAGUCAGCAGUUUCCUUUGUCAUCUGAAGAGGAACUGCAGAUGCUUGAUACCGGCUUGUCGCAGAAAGAAACGAGGGACAGAUUUAUGGCAAUGGUCACUAGGCUAUCAAGUGACGACCCAAAAGCGUCCAUGCGGUUUGUUUUGUCUUAUCUGUUGACACCUGAGUUUGCCAGUAAAUUCACGUUACUUGGCACCUCUUCAAAACGAGCACUGCAGAAAUGCACUUUUUACGGCUGCAUACGAAGUGCUUUGACUCAUCGGUUUUUGUCAUCCUCUGUCAACGAAAAAGACCUUGGUAAGCUCUACGACAUCGCGACCCAAGGUUACUUUCAUGACAUCCGAGACAAGAUGAUAAAACGUUCUAGGAGAAAAGAUAACCAGUUACAGUCGACAAUAUUAACGAACAUCACCGUAAGUUCAGCUUCAAGUAUUUGGGUGUGCUAAAGCACAUCAUUGAGAUAUGGUUGUGACGUUUUUUUUAAUUCAGAAUUCACAGGACGACUACCUCAAUUCCGAAUAGUCCGUGCAAUGGUUUUGGUGUUCUACCUAGAUGUCAAUAAACAUUUUUCUUUCAAACAGCUUACUUUUUUACUUACUUGGGAAACUGUUGAGAAUGUGUUUGAGUUUGAGUGAAUUUUCGAUUAAAUGGACAUUGCUUAUAAAUAAAACAAAAACUGUUACUUCUUUUUCAGAUAAUUGUCUAUAAAAAUGAAUUAGCAAUUGCAUUGGAUAUGCAUAACAAUAGAUGCCUAAGCUUGUGUACAAUUAUAGGUUUUUCUUUUUAAAUACAAUAUUUAAA